UUAGCAGAUUUCAAUUUUCAACCUCUACAGGCAUAGCUAGAUAGCUAUAAAGUGCACUCUAGAGGCAUAUUGUCGUAAUUUAUCUUCAGUUUUGGAUUAAAUGAUUAUAAAUCCCAAGUUGAUAACACGUAUUUUGACUAACAGUUUUUCUAGAAUAAAAAUAACUUCCGCUGCUAUGUCUUCCAAACCUUUGACUCUUGAAAGUUUAGAAAAACUAAAAAAUGACUUCUAUGGCUGUCCUAAAAAUGAACUAGCUCAAAAUGUUUGCACCCGCUUUGAUCCAUUUGAAGUAGCUAUUAGCAGAAGAAAGACUGAUAGAUCUCUCCAUGUUUACAAUGUUAAGAUAGAGUCAGAAGGAAAGCCUGUGACAAACCAGGAAAAUUCUGGUCGGUGCUGGCUGUUUGCCGCUCUAAAUGUGAUAAGACUGCCGUUCAUGAAGAAAUAUGGCAUUGAAGAAUUUGAAUUCUCGCAAAGUUACCUGUUCUUUUGGGAUAAGAUUGAGAGAUCUCACUACUGGUUGAACAACAUUGUUAAAACGGCCAAACAAGGGGAGAAGCUUGACGGACGACUUGUCAACUUUCUGCUUAAGGAUCCAAUAAACGACGGCGGUCAGUGGGACAUGAUAGUGAAUCUGGUUAACAAGUACGGCCUGAUGCCAAAGAAAUGCUUCCCGGAAUCAUUCAGCUCUAGGAGAAGUCUGCACAUGAACGCGCUAAUUAAGACCAAGUUACGCGAAUAUGCCAAGGAAUUGCGUGACAUGGUCGACUCUAAGGUCGCGGAAGACGUCAUUCAGAACGCAAUCGACAAACAGACAGCUGUCAUAUACAACAUCGUAGCUACAUGCCUAGGGACCCCUCCUGACAAGUUCACUUUUGAGUAUUACAACAAAGAGAAGGCUUAUAAUAGCUUCGGUCCUCUAACACCUCAAGAGUUCUACCAGAAGCAUGUGAAGCCAUUGUACAAUGUAGAUGACAAGGUAUGUCUGGUGAGCGACCCGCGGUCGUCCAAUCCCUUUGGCGCACUCUACACCCUACAGUGUCUCGGUAACGUGGUAGGAGGACGUGAAACAGCCUACAACAAUCAACCCAUAGAGACUCUCAUGCGAGUCGUAGCAGAUAGUAUAGAGGGUGGUGAGGCUGUCUGGUUUGGUUCCGAAGUAAGUAAGAGAUUCGAAAGGAAAAAUGGUCUUGAAGAUUUGGACGCUCAGGACUACCGUCUGGUAUUCAACACGGAGGUUCAGAUAGGUCUCUGCAAAGCAGACCGUCUCUUGUAUGGGGACUCUUGUAUGACGCACGCAAUGGUCUUUACAGCUGUAGGAAUAGAUGAACAGGGCAACAUUCAAAAAUUCCGAGUGGAAAACUCGUAUGGUGACAAAGAAUACGACAAGGGAUAUCUGCUACUGACAAAGUCGUGGUUUGAGGAAUUUGUUUUUGAGGUGGUUGUAGACAAAAAGUAUGUGCCAUCUGAUGUACUUGAUGUGUUUAAGCAGCAACCGAAAAUGUUGCCAGCCUGGGAUCCAAUGGGAACCCUAGCUUGCCCACUCUGCUCCAAAGAAACAUAGACUAUAUAUAAAAAAAAUGUAUUGACAUAUAAUCUUUAGUAUUACUCUUGAAUUGUAUGAUAAACACUUGCAGUGGCUUAUACGUUGGACACGACAGCACACUGGUUAUUGAUUUUAUUCUUUUAUUAUAUAUUGUGUAUCCCUUUAUAUGUAUAAGAAUUUGAAUAUGCAUCUUUGUUUUGGCGAUUGAUCUUAUUUUAACAAUUAAAGGCUAAAUUAAUCUCAACUAAUAUUAGUAAUAAUUAAUGAAUUGUAUAUUUUUUUUUAUUGAUAUUUUUUCGUAAUUUCUAAAACGAGUUACCAAAAGGUGCUAUUUGUUUAUUAAUAAAGUGUUUUGAAAUUUA